AUGAAAGGAGAAACGACAGGAAAUAUAAUAGUAGGAGCGCUAUGUACUCUCCGGGAAUUUACUGGAUCAGGAAGCUCAGUUUUGCUAGGAUAUAUACAGACCAAACCUCUGAAGAAUCUAAUAAAAACUUUUACUUCUGAAAAACUAGAGAAAUUUGAAUUAUUCAAACAACGCCUACAGCUGUAUUGUUAUUCAUUGGAAUUCUUGGAUUCACCCUGCAAUAUGAUUGUCGAUGAGUAUUAUAAUCAAAUUUAUGCAUUAUCAUUGGACAACAAUCAAACUAAUUUGCAACGUUGCAAAACAUUAACCCUUUGUAGUUGA